AUGGCAUCAAUCAAAACCGUUGCAGUUGUUGGUGGGACUGGUGAUCUAGGAUCCAUAAUUGUCGAGCAGUUGGUCAAAUCCGGGCUCUUUGAGCUCACAGUAGUUACCCGGGGCGGGAAAGGAGGUCAGAUUCCGGCCGCGGUCAAAAUCAUUACGGUUGACUACGAAUCUGUCGACAACCUUGCUGAGGCCUUGAGGGGAUUUGAUGCUGUUGUUUCAGUUGUCGCCGGACACCUUUCGGAUCUUCAGCUCCGUCUUCUUGAUGCAGCUAUCAUUGCUGGCGUGAAGCGAUUCAUCCCUUCCGAGUUUGGUUCCGAUACUCGACUCCCAAAAGUGAAGGAGAGCCCCCUCACUUCCGGCAAGAUUAAAGUCGCUGCUUCCAUUCAGGAAAAGGUUUCCAAGGGCCUGAUCGAGUAUACCUCCAUUCUGGGUGGACCAUGGGUUGAUUGGAUGAUGGGCAGUGACUACUGCAUGUCCAUUCCGAAGCGUCAUUUCACUAUCCAUGAUGACGGCAACCUUGAGUUUGCUCUCACAACACGAAAGGCAUUUGGCGAUGCUGUUGUUGGGGCUCUGAAGAACUCCGAGCAUACAAAGAACAAAAUUCUCGCAAUCGAGGUAAUCAGACUGACACAGAACCGAAUCAUUGAGCUUACCAAGGAGGCGUUCCCUGGUCAGGACAUUGAACUAGUUCAUGUCAACACGCAGGAGAGAUAUCAAAAGGGAAUUGGGAAAUUACUUUCGGGGCAAUUUGAUCCCUCAGUUAUUUCUGACAUUGUGUGUGGCUUCGUGUUCGACCCUGAGAUGAACGUCUUCCCAGACGCGGAGCAAGGGAAUCGUCUACUCGGUGUGAAGAGGUUGACCGAAGCGGAUUUCAAGGAGCUUCUCAGAUCAGGACCCUUUGUGAAUUAG